GUCAGUUGAAGAUAGCGCUGCUUUAUGGGUUCGGACCUUUCCAGUUCCACAGUAACCCAAAACGAAACCCUUCUCGUAGUAUUAGUCCAUCCUCCGUCUUCAAUUUUCACGAUCCCUUCUCUCAUCUUUUCAGUCGUGCGUUAUAUAUAUAAAUACGAAUUUUAGAUACAUAUAUACGCAUCCACAGGGUUGAUUGUCAGUUCCAGUAAUCUUUUACAAAAUUGAAGUGAUCAUUGGGGCUUGCUUGGGGGCCAUGAUGGGCUCAGAGGUUGAGCAGGCUGCUAGCCAUGUUCAAACUACUUUAACCACUCCAUCUGCUGCAUCGACGAGUGGCCCAAAGCUUUCUAUGUUUUCAAGAAAAUCUGGAUUUGUUAUACCGAAAAACAAAUUGUCAGGUUCAUUGGUUCCUGUGUUUCGAGGUGGUAAAAAGGGAGAUAGCUAUACAGUGAAUGUAGAAGGCACUAAACCAGUUCAAAGAAAAACCAAAUGGGGUCCUGAUCUAUCCAUGGACACUAUUGUUAGAAAAGGAAGAGCAUUGGCGUAUCAGACACGGGUUGUUCAAAUAACACAACAGUUGAGUUUGGAGACUGAGGACUCAUUAUUGGCAUCGCGAUUUCAGGAUAAGAAGUCUUCAACUUGUCAGCUCAAUAAUGAGAAAUCAGAGUUAUUGGAACUUGAAAGGCGUGAAGCUAUUGGUGAGAUACUAAAGUUAAAUCCGAGCUUUAAGGCGCCUUCAGAUUACAAACCUCUGCCGAAAGAGGCGAACGUUCCAAUUCCCAUUAAAGAGUAUCCUGACUACAAUUUUAUCAGUUUAGUGUUUGGCCCUGCGAGUGAUACUCUAAAGCAACUGGAAAAGGAAACAGGAGCAAAGAUACGAGUAUAUGGCACGAGAACUGAUACAGGAGGGAAGGUUGAAGUUACUCCUAGCGACGGGAAGGAAACACACGGUGCUUAUGAGGAGUUGUAUAUUCAUGUAUCAGCUGACACAUAUGAAAAAGUUGAUGCUGCAGUGGCUUUGAUCGAACUGUUAGUCAACCCAAUUUCGGUAUAUUCAAAUCCUAUGAAUCUGGCUCCUGUUUCAGAAACAUUGACAACAGCUUCUAGUGAUAAUAAAUCUGAUCCUUCGACUGAAGGCACACCUGGCUCCUACAUGCCACCUGCAAUAAUGAACCAGGGAGUGAUAGGAUCUGUACCAGCUCCCAUGCAAGGUCACUUUCCACAAUAUUCACAGCCAUGGUUUCCCGCAGGUCCAACUCAGAUUCCAAUACAUCCAAGGUCUGCACUAGUUUCUUCUGCACCUUUACAAAACAACAUAGCCCAAAUAUCUUCACCUUUCAAUCCCUCAAGUAUGCCUUCACUGUUUGGUCCUCAACCAGUUUUGGCAUCAAGUUUUGGUCAAGUCCCUCAAAAUCUUUCUGUCAUUCCAUCCAGACCACAACUAACCCAUGUUUUACAGCAACCAUACACGCAUCAGGCACACCCUUUUGGUCAAUUUGGCAUUCCAAGAGAUCUUCCCAGGUCAAGUUUACAGUUUACAACUGCUCUACCUACACCAACAGGGGCUCACCAAAUUGUGAGACCAGUCAUGAGCAGUUCAGCACCUCAAGGUGAACACAUGUUGUCAAUGGCUCCAUCAACUGUUCCCUUUCAAAGACAGCCUGUGGCUUCACAUCCCAUGGUGGUGUCCGGAGCUCCACCUGUGAAUAUAUCAGCCAUACCCUUUGCAGUGACAUCUUCAACACCACCUCUUUUGCAACAUGGAAAUGCAAAUUCUGUUUCUGGAACUGUCCCAAAUUUUGAGACAAUGAAACCCCUUUCUCUAGCUGUACCAAGACCACAGCAACCCAAUUCCAGUGACUUCACUUUUCAGCCUCGGGGGCCUCAAAAGUUAGCUUCUCAGCCAGGUAUUCAACCUACACUACAGAUUAUGACACCCCCAAAUGAAACAAUGCAGGCACCUUUAACACCUCAGUCUCCAUUGAUCCGGCCAUUAGUGCAUAACCUGAAUCAUCCUGUUCAGGGUUUCCCGAGACCUCUGGUCAACCAUCCAAUAAGUCAACCAAGACCGAAAAUGCCUAUGAACUUUGCCGGAAGUCCCACUGCUCCUCCAGUUCCACUUAGACAUCCAACAUUUUCUGCUCCCAGUGUCAUUUCACAUUCUACAAUGCCUCGAACACCUAGAAAUUUUAAUCCUGCUUAUCCAAUUGUCCAUUCUGUUCGUCCAUUUCCUCCCAGAGCAGGAAACCCAAUGCACCAUCAGCAAAAUUAUCCAUCUGGAGCAACUCGCCCACAAAGAUUUAUGGCUCCGCAUCAACAUUUUGGUAACAAUCCUGGUCGACCACAUUCUGGAGCGCAGCAAACAUAUGAUCCCUUCUCACCAACUUCAGUUUCUUUCAAUCCACAUAUGGGUGGUGGUACAGCCAAAAUGCAAAAGGAGAGUGAUCCAGAAUACGAGGACCUGAUGUCCUCUGUGGGAGUUAAAUGAUUUACAAACAGGUGCACUUUUGUUUAAACUCAAAGAUUUGGUAGUAAAUCUGACUGUAUUUUUCCAGUCCUUUAGAUUCUUUUGCCCCGUCUUAGUGUAUAACAUGAGAUAAUUUAUGAUCUUCGCAUUUUUCUACUAAUUGUUGAGUGUAUGUUAACAUUCACUCUGUAGAGAAUGAGAGACGCAGUACACCUUGAAAAAUAUUUUUUAUGCAGCAUGUUUCGGCUGUUAUAUGUACUAUGAAUUAGUUGAAUACAUUUAUUACAAUUACGACACAAGUAAA